AUGAUGGACUUAAACCAAAUCAAUAGCCUAUUAAGCAUCAUGAAUAGUCAAAGCCAAUCAGUAAUGAAUCAACCAUUCGGCAGCUACAUGUCCCAGCUCCAACAACCGAAUCCAGUGCAAAUGCAAUCCAACAUGCAGCUCUACAACCUGCUGCUUCAGCAACAGAGUCUUCUGUCUCAACUUCAACAACCAUAUCCACAAGGUGCACAAGUCGUUCAGCAGAAUUUGACAAACCAUAAUAGCGUGGUGCAGCCCACGAGCAGUAGCAAUGGAGCUGGAGUGGCAACUGGAGCAGCAACUGGAGCAACAUCCGGAGCCGCCAUCGGCCAUGUCAACCAGAACGGCGAAGGCAUUUACAUCCCAAUGGCGACAACAUCAGGGUACCCAGUACCUAGAGCAAGCAUGUUCAUGUUUGGAAUCUGUCGAUCGACUAAUACAAGACUUUUGGGAUAUAAGAACUCCAAGGAAGGAUGCUACUAUUUCUUCUACUACGUCCACGCACAGGGCAAAUUCUGGCCCCAUGACUGUGAUAAAUGUCAGCCGGUUAUCAAAGAAGCGUCUUUGAAUCCCCUCUACGCAGAAUAUGACGACUUGUUGAGACAGAAAGUGCUUUUUGUGAAAAAUCGGAUUACCAGUAAAGUUGAACAAUACAAGUUUGAUAUGGAUACAGGAGUCCUCACUCAAGUCAAACGUCCUAGUAUGGUAUACUCGGCUUCGAAGGUUGUGGAUAAGACUGCUGUGAUUGGGGUUUGGAAGUCUAAGAAUGGAAAGGAUACGGUCAUGAUUGAGAGAUCGACGACGUCCAGUUUGAGAAAAGUCAAGAUUAAUGGAGAGAAAACGGAGAUAAUGGCAGAGUGUCCGCUGGUACGCCUCUCAACUCCUCCCAUCCUCGAAGAGCACAGAUGUCAAAACUAUCCAGAGCUAUCCCAAAUGGAACAGGAUUACUGUGGCUUCCUCUCAUCAGCAAUUCCAUUCAUCUCGUAUUUCUGCCCUCACACUCAACAGGAAUUAUUGAAGACGUACAACAAGGUUCAACACAAGUACAUUCAAUAUUACUACAAUGAAAACGAAGGUGUCUUCUAUGAUCUUCCAUGUAAAAUGUGUAUGAUUGCCCCAGUGGAACGGGAUUUAAUCCCAAAAUACGCCGAGAAAUAUGAAGGAAAAUGGGUCAUAAUGGCUCAAAAUGCACAUACGAUUCAUGUGGAACAAUUCAUUUUUAAUGGAGAAACACUCAGUUUUGAGCAGGUCUACUAUCCGGGACUACGGUAUGAUCAAGCGAAGGAUUCGGCGAGUUGGGUUAUUCAUUGUGGAGAAUAUAAUGGAAAACAGACGAUUAUAAUGAAAGACGGAAUGUAUCGAAUUCGAAAGGAGCAGUUUUCGACGGAAAAAAACAAGUACGUCGCAAUUGCUGGAAAUCCGGUCAAACGAUUGCUCAUCAAACACGACGAACCGGAAAAACCAACUACAGUACCCGUCCAGAAGCCUGCCCAAGCAGCUCAAAAACCAUCGAACUCCAAUGAUUCAGAAGACAUAAUCCACGUGGCCACGAUCUUGCCGAAAUUCAAAAACGGAGAAAUUCAGAGGAAUUUGAAUUUGGCGGCAGAACUUGGGCAAGACUGGAAGGAGCAAGAAUUGGAAAUGGAUGAGGAUUUCGAAGCUUUGAAAAUUCGAAAUUUCGAAACAUUGGGAAUUUUUGAAAUGAAGGAUCCGGAUUCUGAUGAUGGGGAAUCGAUGAAUUCAAUGGAGGCCCAAGGAAUUCCAGAAACUUCGACGGCUAUUAAAAAGGGAAAGAAUAAUAAGAAGAAUAAGAAGAAGAAGAGAGCUAUUCCUGGACAGAAAUAA